AUGAGAAUGAUGUGGAGUGUUCUAGUAGCGCUAAUGAAGAUAUGCCUGUGGAAAAAGAUCCUGGAGGCGGAACUGGCUGUGGAGCCAAAGACUGAAACUUACAUUGAAGCCAACAUGGGCCUCACCCCCAAUUCUCCUAGUGACCCCGUCACCAACAUUUGCCAAGCCGCAGACAAGCAGCUGUUCACCUUGGUGGAAUGGGCAAAGAGAAUCCCCCAUUUUUCAGAGCUGCCGCUGGAUGACCAAGUAAUACUGCUGAGAGCAGGUUGGAAUGAACUUCUUAUUGCCUCCUUCUCACAUCGGUCAAUAGCUGUUAAAGACGGGAUCCUCCUUGCCACUGGUCUUCAUGUGCACCGGAACAGUGCGCACAGUGCGGGUGUAGGAGCCAUCUUUGAUCGUGUUCUGACAGAACUAGUGUCCAAAAUGCGAGACAUGCAGAUGGACAAGACAGAGCUGGGCUGCCUCCGAGCAAUUGUCCUCUUCAACCCAGAUUCUAAAGGUCUCUCAAACCCAUCGGAGGUGGAGGCGCUGCGGGAAAAGGUCUAUGCAUCUUUGGAGGCUUACUGCAAACAUAAAUACCCCGAACAGCCAGGAAGGUUUGCAAAGCUGCUGUUGCGUCUACCUGCCCUCCGUUCCAUUGGCCUGAAAUGUCUGGAACAUCUCUUUUUCUUCAAGCUAAUAGGAGACACACCAAUCGACACCUUCUUAAUGGAGAUGCUGGAAGCUCCUCAUCAAAUGACUUAA